AUGUUGAGAUCAGUGAGAACCAUUCAUCCUUUGGCUAAAUAUGUUACUUUAGCUUGCCAGAGAUCCUUUCAUGUUUCUACUCCGGUGUUUAAUUCACCAUGGUAUCUAGAUCCAAAGGAAUCACCAUCGAUCACUUCUCCCUUAAAGUCGGUUACCAUCCCAAAAUUACCAGAAAGACAUCCGCAGGCUCUUGAAAACCUGGUUACAUACUUGGCCACUGAAUUAGGUAUUGAUGACCUGUCAGUGUUUGACAUGCGUAACAAGUCGACGACCACCCAAGGUGCUUAUGAUAUCGCUGACUUUAUGGUCAUCGGUUCAGGUAAAUCGGCCAAACAUCUACAAAGUGCUUCAACAGAGCUCGAUUUCUACAUUAAACACGAACUGCAUAAACUUCCAACAACAGAAGGUAUAUUGAAAUCCGGCGCAUUGGCCAAGUACCAUCGUAAAUUGUUGAAGAAGGGUAAGAAGGCUCCAAACUAUUCCAAGAACACAUACGGCGUGACCCCAAACACUUGGGUCAUGACUGACACAAAGACCGAUGGAAUUGUUAUUCACAUGCUCACGAAGGAAAGAAGAGUCGAUUUAAACUUUGAAUGCCUUUGGGCUAAAGAUUCCGAAAAGGAAAAAUACUCCUCUACUAGCAAAAAUCAUGAUUCCGAUGAUAUAUUCAAGGGAAUCAGAUAUUUCCAUUCGACUAGUCAACUAAAAAGCAACAGCUUUGAUCCCUACAAUGUCACAUUUGAUAAUUAUGCCGAUCAAUUCAGAAGCUUGUUGAGAAAACACCUCGUUGAUUACAAAGUUACAAGUUUGAAAGAUUUGAAAGAUCAUUUAGACUCUAUGUACUCAGCUGGGAUAACCAUGAACUAUUCGCUCAUUGUUGAAUAUUUCAAUACAAUACUCAAGUCUGAAGAAUUCCAUCAACCUUUCAACACAAAUAUGAAAGCCUACAUUCAUAGAGAGCUGUUUCUUUUCAACCUGCUAGAUUCUUACUCUGUGCUUUUAACGAAUGAACAGAUUUUAGAUCUCCUUUCCUUGAUCAUAGUGUCUGGGUCUGGGUUUAAUAACGAAUCUUUUCUCACGUUAAAAUCUAUUAUUAAGACCUUUAAUAUUCAACAGAAGGAACUACACGACCAUUCCAAGAUACUCGGAAAAGUUCAACUUCUUUCUGAGAAAUUGACAGAUAAUUAUAACUCAACUCAUCGUGAGCUGAAGAGAAGAAUUGAUUCUUUACUUUUAACUGCAUAUGCGAACAAACAAAAUUGGUUUAGUUUCUUCAAGGUAUUAGAUUCUGCAAUUCAGAGAAAUGAUAUACCCUUAGUGCAGGCAUCCUUACCACUAGUUGCAGUAUGUUCAGAUAAUCUGACUGCUUACCAAUACGAAACGAAAUACUUACCUUUGAUAAAGGAAGCCGGCAUGCCAAAGGAAAUUGCAAGAUUUGCUGAUAUUAUAUAUGAUAAGACACACGAAUAA